UGUUCGGGUGAGACGUGGUCUUGCAAUGCCCAUUGACAAACGGUAAUCCAGAAACGUUAUUAUGCGUAGCUCCAUGGUUGUUCCCAACUGGUGAAGCAAGAUGGCCGAAAUGAGGUGGCUUACGCUGUGCUACUCUGACGUGUCAAUGCAUGACACGCAAGGCUACCCUAACACUGCUGCUUUACCUUGGUCAGCUACCGCCAGUCCAGUAUUCGAGCCCACGACUAAAUUUAAAUUGCACACUGUCGCUUUGGUAUGUGUACUUUCAGAAGUAUACCAGCCGUGAUCGCGACUCUUUCCUGUGUCUCAUAGUCACUUUUUCCUGCUAAAUUUCGUGCAAUGCUGGACCUGGAUGAUGUGAGGAAGCGGUAUCGAGAAUUGAGCAAUGUGGAAGAUAGUAAGGAGAAGAUCAUCGAGGAGCUAUUGUCUCAAGUUGAGGAGCUACAAAAAGAUCUCGUAGCAGCACAUGAUGAAGUUGAUAACUUUAAACAUCUUGCUGGAAUGUUUAAGGACAGGUCAAACAAAGAUAAGGAGGCGCUAGAGGUGAAGAAUCGUGAUCAGGCUCGACUAAGCUUUGUCUCUGUUCUCGUUGAUGGCGACUGUAUGAAUUUUCAAGAUAACCUCAUCCAAAGCGGAUACGACGGCGGGCAAAAGGCUGUGCAGCUCCUGAGGAAAGCUGUUGAGGACUAUCUAUUCCAACGUGAACCUGAAGCAAACCCCAGGAUCCAAUGUAAGAUCCGUGUAUAUGCCAACGUGAGCGGACUGUCGAGGACGUAUCGUGAUACCAACAUCGCCCCUGCCGACGGAACGUUGGAAGCGUUCAUUCAAGGAUUCAAUAUGGAAAACGGGCUAUGUGAUUUUGUGGACGCAGGCAACGGAAAGGAAUGCUCUGACGUGAAGCUACGAGGUGAGCUACAGACUUUCCAGCGCAGGAAUGAGCCAAGUAGGCCUGCUUACAGUUUCUCUCUCUCAGCCCUGUUCGAGCAAGACAUCCUCGAUGUUCAUUGCCAGCAUAUCCUAUUCUGUGCGUCUGCAGACAACGGCUAUGCACGCGUGCUGGGGCCACAUCGAGAAUCCGACCGCAUCUCCUUGGUUGAGGGACCUCCCUUCGCGCGUGAGAUGAAAGAGCUAGUGUCCCAUUUCACGGCCACCAGUUUCCCUAACGUAUUUCGGCCAACCAAAAUACUCUCCAGAAGGAUUUCUGUUAGUACCAUCACACCACCGAGUACCCCGCCUCAGAACUACGCCUCUGCUGUCAAGGCCGCAGCCCCUCUGUCACAAUCAAUGUCGGAUAUGAAUCGUCGCUCACCUUCACCCCCUACCUCGAUUCGGGCGUCUAAUCGCAGCCCCGUCCGGCGGACGCUAUGUAAGAAUGCGGCAGGUCAGCGUGUCGACCCCCCCUUGCGGUAUUCCUCCAAGGAAAGCGUGGAUGCUUUGAAGCAGCGCAAGUUGUGCAAUCCUUAUCACAUCGCCGGCUCAUGUCCGUACGGGGAUAACUGCAAUCAUGAUCAUGAGUCGCGGCUUCGGCCCCAGCAAGUGGAAGAUUUACGGUACAUUGCUAGGUUGAGGGUCUGCCCGAGGGGCGUAUGGUGUACGGAGGAGAGCUGUAUCUGUGGUCAUCGAUGUCCAAGGGAGAAUUGCUUGGGCCCCGGGUAUAACGGGUGUAAAUUCCCCAAAGUCAUGCAUGGGGUUGAUUCUACCAUUGUAGUUGCCGCUUGAUGAGAUGGUACCGUUUGUGUUUUUAUGGCUCUAUGGGCCUGGUUGUCUGUCAAAUCCUGAUUCUAU